ACACUCACUUACUGGGGACAGGCGCCGUGCUGCAAAGAGGCUGUCGGGAGUUGAGGUGGCGCGUGUUUUCUGUACACUAAGCUGGUGAGUACGGAAGCUCUGAACCGCACAGUGAAAACCGUAGAUUUCUUCAGACAAUGCCACCAAAAAAAAAGAAAAGGACAUCAUCUCAGCUGUCUGAACAAAAUGAGUCUCCUGCCAAGUUACGUAAGAAAACUGUUGGGCUGAAAAAGAUGUCCAUUCAAGCGUGUUCAGGGAAUAAGACGUCAGAGGUCAAGUGCUCUUUGGAACAGAAGGAUGCUGGAGAAAAAGGACAAAAGGAGCUUUUCACAUAUUGGCUUAUGAAAUCUGAGCCAGAAAGCCGCAUAGAAAAUGGAGUUGAUGUUAAGUUUGGAAUAGAAGACUUAAAAGCACAACCUGAACAAACAGGAUGCUGGGAUGGAGUGCGCAAUUACCAGGCACGCAACUACAUGAAGGACAUGAAGGUUGGGCAGUUGGCUUUCUUUUAUCACAGCAACUGUAAAGUGCCAGGAAUUGCUGGAAUUAUUAAGGUUGUCAAAGAGGCUUAUGUAGAUCAUACACAGUUUGAUAAGAAGGACCCUCAUUAUGACCCAUCCAGCAAACAAGACAAUCCCAAGUGGUAUAUGGUAGAUGUGCAGUUUGUAAGGAUGACCAAACGAUUUAUUAGCUUGACUGAGCUGAAGCAGUAUCACUUGGAGCACAAAUCAAGUGGUGGAGCCCUCAAAAACAUGGCACUGUUCACUAGGGCCCGGCUCUCCGUCCAGCCUCUCACUGAAGAACCCAACGUUUUCCCUGUACUCCUGAAUAUGAUCUGGUUCACCCUCUGCUGCGUUUGGAUUACUACAUCAGAAAAUACAGAAGUUCUCAUUGGAUCUGCAAUGGUAUAGUAGAGGACAGGAACAUCUGUGCACAGCUUGACAGUAGCCUGGCAGACAGCAGUGAUCUCUGCUCAAAAUGACAUGGCUGUUGGGAGAAGAGGGGCUUCCGGUCUUUUAGCAUGGAAGCCUUUGCACUUGUGUAUCUUAUACGUUUAUCCAAAAUGUUUUACAAAUUAAAAAGUAAAUGGUGUUGUUUAUUUUCUACA